AGGAAAUCGACCGCAAACCAUCGUCACGCGAUCACAGUGACAUGGCUCGAGAUCUCGUACGUGAUCUGGGACGAGACAAUCGGGAUCAUCCCUAUCAUGGAGGGCCAUUGAAGCAACCUAGUAGUAUGGACAGCUCAAUGUCACGGAGGAUACGCGAAUUCGACGGUCGCUCUUACAGAUCGGAUCGGUCAGAGCGUUCGGACGAGAUGUCCUUACAUUCGUUGAGACGGCAGGCACAGAAGAUGCCUGUCAGUGUUGGUAUCUGCAUUGUAUUCGCAUUCAUUUCUGGUCAGUUUCUAACUUUAAAGUCCCAGUUCAGCAAAAUUGAAGUCCCUCUUCGUAAGAGAGGUGCAGUACUGUUCAGCUGGUGGGAAGGUUGGAAUCCUUUCGAUGGGGCGUACUACUGUUUCAUAACCUUAAGCACUAUUGGAUUUGGGGACAUUGUACCUGGCCAAGCAUUAGAUGAAGGCUCACAAGUGAGUAAUUUGCUUACAGUCUACAACGAAGACGCAUAUUUGAGCUGUGACACACGUGCGGAAGUACUCCAUACACACGCAUCACCCCACCCACAGCAGAGUCUUGUGGGCAAUAUAAAUGUUCUGACUUCCUUUUUACGACAAAUUCGACUACGAUUAAAUCACGUAUUGCACUGACU